AAUUAGCAUAGAAAUGGCUGCCUAACCAGUCCAAUUUAAUAACAAAACAUUCGGUAAUGAAAAAUGUUGCGGCUGUGGGCAAGUAGGUCUAUCAAUCUAUAAACUAUAUACUUGUUCAUUAAUUCAUAUGGUCCAUGUUGAUCCUUAUAAAGUUGGAUAGUGCGUGGGGUUUUUUUCCCAUUCAUUCAUUACUUUUUGACUUGAGUUAGAGGCACAAGCAAAUAAAAUUAAUAAGUUAGCAUUCAUUUAGUUACAGUUGUAGAGAGUUAGAGUAAACUUCAAAUUAAAAAAAGUGAAACUAGAAUAACUUUCUAGCUUUAGUACUUCUUGUGAGUUCAUUUUACAUGUCCAUAACAAUGCGCCGAGGGGUUUCGAGGUACCUAAUUUAUAUAAUUAAAUAUAAAGAAACACAUCCACCUACUCCUAUAAACUAUAAAUAAAUACAGGACUACCUAUUUUAUACUUUCAAAUUUUGCAUAUGAAUAAUUAAUUAAAGAUUUCUCAAAGAAAAUUAUAAUUAACAGGUUUUUUUUACACCGGAUCCUUGUAUUUUGAGAAAUAGGCCUAUAGACAGUUGCGUCCCCUAAAGAAAAAAGAGUUCACGUGACAUGUUAUGGAUGACAGACUUUUUUCACUCAGACUCAAUGCUAUUAAUUAUAAUUAAUAUAAAACAUGUGGAAUUGGGCGAGGGCGGUUUCGACAAGGGAGCAGGGCACACCAUAGGGCAAUGAGCGUUUGCAUAUAAAUAAUUCAAUAUAUAUUGCUGGUACAGAAUUUAUAUGAAAGAUACAGAAGUUAAAUUUCGACCUAAUCUUUUUGCGGAAAGAUGCCUUACAUUGACCUUAAAUUUUAAAAAUUUAAGUCGAUUAAAAAAGCAAAACAUCUUGAAAUGUAGGCCAAGAUUUUUGCUACAAUGAACAUGGGGCCCGAUACCACAAUUAGGUGACAAAAAGGGCCUUUCAUUUGUAAAAAGUUAUGAAGAUCCAAAAAUUUUAAACCCAUUUCUCAUUCAAAUUUGAAGUAGUCUCCCUUGCUUUACCAAAGUGCCUAAAAUGUGAAUGGUCAUUUAAAUUUCAUCAGUUGUUCAAUAAAGUUAAAGGCCUAUUUUACUAAUAAAUAAACUCAAAAUUUAGUAAUUAGCCUACUCUUAGUUUAGAGUCAGUGUGAGUGAAUAGGCCUAUGGCUUCAUGAAUAGUGAAUUUAUCAGUAUUUACUCAUUCACUGCUCUCAGACUCAAUCCAUCCAUCAGGUAAAGGUGCAGCAAAGAUAUCACUUUGUUGUGGAAUCCAAAAACCAAUCACUGUGUUUGUAAAUAAUUACAUGUGACCUGAACAAUGUGUUUCAUUUUUUUGCAUCAUAAACUCCAUGUGAUCAAUAAAAUGUAGGCCUAUAUUAAAUAUAAACAUUUGCAUACAUUUUAAUUAAAAUCGAAUCUAAAUUUACUAGCUUAAAAAAGAAAAACAAAUGGGAAUUCAUCCUUGACCAUGAUUUUUAUCUUACACCUACAACAGACUAAAAAUGUAGGCCGCUCGCUCAGAUAAAAGGGCCAAAAAAUAAUGGGUUAAGAUAUAAUUUUUUAAGUUCAUGACUACUGCUUGUAUAAUGUAUAGCUGUCAAUAAUGUCAGAUCUUUAACUACCAACUAUCAUUUUAUUUUUAUAUUUAAUUCAAUCAUGUCUUAAUUUCAAGAUAAAUGGAUUCUUUUUAAAAUUAAAAAUGAAAUACACAAAAUAUAACAAAUAUACUUUAAACAUUUUCAGAAGUACCAUGCAGGCCAUUGUUUCAUCUUCGUUAGUUUGAUGCAGGAGGGGCAAUUGCACAAGGGAUGUUAAACAAGAGUUAAUACAUGCUGAUUUAAAAGGUAUCAUGCAGUUUUCUAAAAGCAAAUUGAACAAUCAUGGGAAAAUCAUUUCCUCAACCUUUUACAUCCACAACAUUUCAAAUGCUAAGUACAAUGAGAUUUCAAGUAAUGAGUGAGCAAAGAAAAGAUUCCCCAGGUCCUGGGAUCUGUAAUGGUGAAACAGAUUGUUUGAAUGGCGUUUCCAUCAACUUUGAAGAUGUAGAUGCUCUGAAAAGUCAGAUCAAAGGGAAAAAUCCAGUUGUGUGCUUGGCUGAUUUAAGAAAUACAGAUGGUUCCUAUGCAGUAAACAAUGACUUGGAUAAAUCCUCAACAUCACAUGGAUUGGGAGUUGAUGUAGAAAGCCAUUUCCCUUUCUCUGUUAGAUCAAAGGAUCAUUUUGAAGAUGCAGAUGCUUCUUUGUCAGUCUCCAGUGAUAACACUUUAGAAUUUGAAUCUAGUGACAGUCACUUAACAUCUUUAGACAAUCAUUUAAAUAAAAUUGUCAUAAAAAGUGAACAGAAUUCUUCCAGCAAUGGCUGUCGCUCAAUAUCAGUGAGUACUUGCAUAAGUGAUGCAAAGAAUAAUUCAUUCCCGCAGUAUAGUAAAGUGAUGCCUUCAGCUACAUUGACUGAUGAUUUUCCUGUUGACUUGGGCACCAGUGCAAGAUUCUCAAAAGUUUUAGAAAAUAUUUCUUUACCAUUAUUGUACAUACCAACAACUAAGCAGCUUGUUAAAAGUAAUGGUGCCUCACCAGAACCCUUACUUACUGAUUCACCAAAUGUACAUACUGAUUUUAAACUAUUAUAUACACCAGAUAGAGAUUACUCUUGCAAUGAGUCAGAAUCUGCAAGUUCUACCUUAGAUCUGUCUUCUAGUGAGCUUUUAAGCCCACAUUCCCCGAUGCACAAGGCACACAGUGCUCAAGAGUUUCACUAUGUGUCAGAAAGUGACAGAUACACCUUGCACAGUGUGGAUAGUUUUCCUGGAUUUCAUCACAAUUUUGAGCCAAGCCAAUAUUUAUUUGCGGACAAUUCUAGUCUAUCAAGUGUCAGCACAGGCACAGAUUUCUCCGUUUCUGCUGUGUCAGUAACUGAAGAUUACUCUGUGGAGAACAGCAAUCCCACAGAUGAAUCAAUGUUCAUGGACAUCAACUUGCACUCAAGAAAUUCAUUUGAUAAAGGCUAUAACUCCUCUUCACUGGACAGUGGUUAUGGUGAUAAAAGGGCACCUCAGUUCCAGGCAGCUAAAAAGAAGUCCUUCACAAGUCUCAAGUAAGAAUGUUGAUUGUAUUUUGUGAAUGCACACAUAAAAUUUAUGUGUUUAUCCAAAUGAGAAUUCCAAAUUUAUGCUCCUUUUUAAAAUUAUGAAUUUUUUAUUUGUCUCGUAUUUUGAUAUUCAAACCUUGUAUGUAGAUUUAAUUCUUAUUAUAGAAACUUCAUACAUUAUUUGUUCUUUUUUUUUUUUUUCUUUUGUUUGUCAAGAAAUUUAUUCUCUAAGCGAGUGAAAGAAGAAAGUCCUCCUGGGUGGAAACUAUUUGGAAGAAUACCUCCCAAGUCUGCCUUACCUCGUGACCCUCAUGAAAUAACAUCUGAAUUCCAAGCUCGUCAGCGCAAACUUGAGAAACCAACUUUUCCACUUAAAAAACAAGAUGUGGAAGUCAUGUCAACUACUGCUUUGAUAUUGGAAAAUCGCCCAAUGUAAUUUAUUUUCUAUUCAUGAUAAGAAAGACAUAAGUUUUUAAAUAUUCUUUUCCAUUAUAUAUAAAUUUUAUAUAUAAAUUAGUUUUAGGCUAAAUACUUUUUCUAUUAAUCAGUGAUAUAGAAAAAUAAAUAUUUAUUGGAUGUAAUUUUUAGAAACCUUCCUUCUAAAAGUCCAGAGGAGGCAGAAAAACAUAGGCAGCAAUAUGAGGUCAUGGUGGAAGCAGCUAAAAAGAAAGGUAAUCAUUAAUCUGUUAAUAACUUGUCUCUGCUCUUGCCUUCUUUAAUAAAAAAAAUUUUUGUUUAAACUGAUAAUUAUUUUUAGUUCUGCAAAAUCUAAGCUUGAAAAUUUAUUUGAAUUCAAUGAUGUUUCAAUCAGAAAUCAAAGAUAUUAAGCAGAAAAAAAAACAGCUGCAAUUGCAAAGAAAGAUGGAAGAUCAAAUGAUGGCUGCCGCACGUAUGUGGGACACAGAAAUCUUACCCAAUUGGGAAUCUACGUGAGUAAAUUCUUUCAAAUGGAAUGUGUGAGUGUGCUGUUUAUGUUAAUCUUUAGUCUUCUACAGCAGGGGUUUGGGAAACUUUUUUUUUUUUUUUUUUAUAAGGUCCGAAAAGCAAUUAGUAAAAUCUUUGCAUAGAAAAACUUAAUUGAGAGUAGGGAACAUGUUCCUUAAUGUAUUUUGCUUAACUAGCCUUACGCUUAAGUUAAUUUUUUCAAUUUCACACCCAGAAUAGGACAUUCACAAAUUUUUAGUAGAAAGGCAUGUGUAUAAUGUGGUAUCACAUGACAGAUAAUUUCAGAAUCCUUUUUUAAAAUGUAUCUAGUUUGAAGAGGUUAAAGUAUACUAAAAAAUUGUCUUUAAAUUUGGGCCGACUUGAAAACAUUACAAAAGGGUGGGGACACUCAUUUAGUCAGGUAUUUCCCUAAACUUAGCAAGGUGCCAGCUAAUAAUCUAUUAUUAAUGCCUUAAACCAGGGUGACAUAAAUAUAAUUGAGCAUAAAUGUUUCGCAAAUGCUCUUGGCUUUUCCAUUGUACUUCAGAUAGAAGAACUGUUUUAAAUGGUAAAUUUGAUGACUGGCUGAGGGUUAAGGUAUAUUUAUAUUUGUGGCAGCACUGCCAAAUAAAAAACAUCUAACAACAUGCUGAUGCAAAGUUAUAAGAGUACCCUUAUAGUAUAUAUGAUUAUUUACACCACUGAUAUUAUUACACAUACUUUGAAAGUUUAAAGAAAAGUAAUUAUUUAAAAAUAAAUUCAUAACUCACAUGUCACAUCCAAAUAAAUGAGGGGGUGGGCCAGUUUUGCUUACAUGUUAUAGACAAAAAAUAUGUAGUAGUGCUUUGGCCCAUGCUUGGUGACUCCUGCACUACAUUCUGAUGCAGGCUAAAUAACCAAGGAUCUUAUAUGUCCUGUUAGAACCCACUCAUAAGCUGAACCCAUAAAAUGAUAUGCCAGGGUAUGAAAUACAAUACUAAAGAAUAUUUAAGAUGCAUGUGAAUUAGAAAUGCUUUUGAAAUCCAAAUUUGCUAAAUAAGACAUUAUUAAUAUUUUAUUUUAUUUUAAUAAAAAAACAAAUCAAAUAAAUAAUUAAUGUAAGUGCAGAUAUUUAUUAAUAUUUAAAGCUUCUAGUAAUAUAAUGAAUUUUGUAGACUAAGGCCCCUGUGAUCUGCAAGGAAAUUAGCAAAACAAAGUAUGGGAAAAUCUAAAAAUAGGACACAACUAAACAAUGUAAUCUGCGAUAACAAUUUCAUUAUUUAAUGUACCUGGAGAAAAAAAAAAUUUUAAUCUCAUAUGUGCGGCUCAUUAAGCGACCACCCCACUUACUCUCGUGAAAUAUUUUCAAAACAGGUCAGCUUAAGAACAAGUAUAUGUAGUAAUACAAUAGAUGUUAUAUCUCAGUUUAACAAGGAGUGUAACUCUUGCUCUUGUGAAAGAAGUUCACUUUACUUUGCUAGAAGUUACUUUGCUUAUUCCAUUAUCAAUUUGUUAUUCAUAGACAUUUGUAUUAACUGCAUUCCACUUUGGUGGCAUUGAUUUUUUUAAUGCAAAAAUUUUUUUUAAUCAAAAUAAAGAUUUUAUAAUAUAUUGACUGAAGUGUUUUCUUACAUGUAGAGCUCAUAAGGGAUAAACAGCUGGUUCAUCUUUAAAAGCUUGGGACCCCCAUCUAAGUCUCAAAGAGCCCCUAAAGUUUAUAUGCUAUGUAUUACCUCAUAAUGUUAAAUGUCUUGUGCUGUUCUGCUACAUGGCAGUAGACACUUGCAAAAUUUGAUCACCCUUGCCUUAAGUGACAAGAAAGUUUUGACUGUUAGUGAUGAAAUUUCAUUAAUUUAUAACUCUUUACAGAUCCAUAAUUUGUAAGUGAAAAAUUUCUGUCAAUAUUAUAAGCUUUUAGCACAUGAAAGGGAAAUAAUUGAAUUUUAUAUAUAAUUAGAAUGCACAUAAAUUAUUAUGGUACUACUUGCAAUAUAUAUCUCAAUCAAAUGUAUUUAAUUUAAUAUUUUUGUUUAUAAUAAAAACAUAAUAUUCAUGACAGCAUUUGCCAACCUUACUCAUUUAGCAUGGUUGUACGUUACAGGCGUCACAGUAAAAGGUGCAGAGACUUGUGGUGGCUUGGCUUGCCCCCAAAUGUUAGAGGACGAGUUUGGCAGCUAGCCAUAGGAAAUGAUCUGAAUAUCACACAUGGUAAGUUAUCAUUAUUUUUUUUGUUAAUAUUUAGGGCUUCUUUUUUUUUUUUUCAGGUUCUCCCUUGUUUUAGUCAUACACUUAAUACUAAUAAUUUAAAUUGCCAGCAAACAAAAAUAAUAAUUUUUGUGGUUAGCCUUUUACAUGAAUGUUUAUCACAACUCAAUGUAAGUUGUGUUCUUUGACCAAUCUUCAAUAGUAAAUAAAUGUGUUUUAUUUUUGGCCUCAUCAAAAUCAUGAGUCAAUUUUUAUAAGAAGAAAUGUUUUUAAAUAUCAUAUUUCCUUGCAGCCAUUUAAAAAAUGAAAUAAAAAUUGUGUAUUUAUCCCUGUUUCAGCACUCUAUAAUAUUUGUCAUGAACGAGCAGAGGAGAGAAUCAAGUUUGUUAGAGAUGAGACUACUUUAGGUUCAGAAGGUAAAAAAAAUAAAAGAUUUUAUUACUGUUGUGUAAAAGUUAUGUAAUUUUUUUUUUAUAUGAAGCUGAAAACAAACAAUGUAAACAGACAUUUUUUUAAACCUGGGGUGUUCAGAAGAUUUGGAAGGGGACACUUGUAAAAUUUAUAAUCAUAUUCGUUCAUUCUGUCCUCAUGCACCGACUGGUUCUCUGAGCAGUGGUCAAUGUUCUAUGCUCUCCUGGGACAUGUUUUAUUAUUAAAAAUAAACAAGUGAAGAUCUUAAAUACCCAGAGAGCAUUGGCAUUUCUCAGACCCCUUGUUUAACUACCUUUAGGCGUACUGUUUAUUUGCUUCUGCUGUCCACUGAUCCUUCAAUAUUUUUCUGUGGGGAAGCUCAGGUUGCUCAACCUCCAUAUUGAGUCAACAAUCCAAAUGCCUGAUUUGCCUCACUGAUCCUUACAUUGAUUCUUUGUCACAAUCACCAUCUGUGGUCUGUUCUACCUAAGGUCUCAAACUUGUUCAUAUCUUCCAGUCACAAUCACCAUCUGGGAUCUGUUCUACCUGGGUUUCAAAAUUUGUCAUAACCUUCCAGUUGGUUGUUGUUAACAGUGAUUGUAUCUCCAAUUAUGGCAUUGUUUCUCAUGAUCUCUUUUCCUGACAUUGUCUUUUCCUAAGUAUCUUAUACCUGCCGGAUAGCUAUCCUAUGCGAUAAGAGAAUGCACCCCUGCUUCACUUCAGUCAUAACUUUGAAAUGUUCAGCCAGGUGGCCAUUGUUGAGAACUCGACAUUCAAAUGUCUUAAAGAGAAAAUAGUUAAUACAAAACUAAUUUUCUUAGAAUGCUAUAGUGUUUUAAAAUCUUCCAAAGUGAUUCUUUGAGUAGAUCAGGGGUCAGCAACCUACUUGGCAUGCAUAGGGAUUUGCAUCCUCUCUAAAGCCCACCUGUUCCUCUCUGAGCAUGUUCUCCACAGCAUUUGUCAUUCAUUGUAGUAUAAUGCUGUAGAAGACUUUGCUGGUGAGUGGCAAGUGGGUGAUGCCUGGCCAAUUUUUGCAAUCAGAUAAGCAGUAGGCCAGCUCUUUCACACUUGCAAGGAAACCUUGACUUGUCAGUGUCCUGAAGUCUUGCAGUGCUAUGUCAGAGUGUUUGGAAUUGCCUGUUCAUCUGCCAAAAGCAUCUUUUCACACAUUUAGUCAUGUUAUGUUUUUGUGCAAUUUUACCGCUCAUUUUUGGCUCCUUUUACGUUAUCAGCGGUAAUUGUACCUAAAUCUAAUUUCAGCUUUAGGAAUCUUCGUGAGGGGUGGGACUUGAGGGUGGUAAAAAGCUUAAAAUGUUGCAUCCUCACAUUUAACUUUUCCUAUUCCUCACUAGUGGUGGUACUAUUCUUAGCUUUCAAUUGAAGGUCAUGAAGUGUUCUAUGUUCUCCUGGGACAUAGUUUAUUAAAAAAUAAACAAGUGAAGAUCUUAGUACCCAAGAGCAUUAGCAUAUCUCAAACCCCUUGUUUGACUACUUUUAGGCCACAAUAGAUAGGACAAUCGGUAUCAGUAAUUUCCCACUGCCCAUCUUAUCCUAUCUUUCGUGCACUAACUGACUUCAAUUUCUCUGACAAGGUUCUUCCUGCCAACAAGAACCGUCCAACAAGGAAUCAAGCGUAAAAGUAAUUAAGCUUGAUGUUUCUAGAACAUUCCCUCAGCUAUGUAUAUUCCAGAAGGUGAGAGAAUCAAAUUGUAUUUCUCGUUUUAUUUAUAUAGUUCUAGUUCUGACUUAUAAUGGCACAAGACAUUUAAUUUGUGGCUAAAUAUCUGAUUAGACAUAAUCAGUAAACUAGAUAUUGAAUGCCAGUUUUUAAAAAUAGUUUCAAUGUCAAGUAAUUCAAAUGAUUUUCCCAUUUUUUCCCAAGGUCAAUAGUGUAUCAGUGAUCAAAAUAUAAUACUUUGUUUCCUUGCUGUACAAUAUUGAACAGGCAUGCUGUAACUCCAAUGGUUUAUUUGAAAUGACUGUCUUGUUAGGACUGAAACUUAAAUGAAGAAGUUAUGAAAUAGUAUUAUUGUAAAGAACAUGGGAUGUUACCUUUCAUGUUUCUUCCACAGGGAGGUCCAUUUUAUGACCUGCUGCACAGUUUACUGGGUGCUUAUGCCUGUUACAGGCCUGAUGUUGGCUAUGUAAGUAGCGAAAAAAAAAUUAAACAUCACAAUUUUAAAAAAUGUAAUUAAUGUGGGUCCCUAAGCAGUUUUUACAAGGGUAAAUAUAAAUCAUUAAGUUCAUUAUGUAUUUCAAAACUGUAUAUGUAGAAAUUGUAUAACCUAUUGAUACAUUUAAAGACAAUAAUAGAUAAUGCCAGAUUUUCACAUUUCAAAUAAUGUUCAUUUAGGUUCAAGGCAUGUCUUUUAUUGCUGCCAUUUUAUUGCUUAAUAUGGAUGUUGCUGAUGCCUUUGUGUGCUUUGCAAAUUUGCUCAACCGACCAUGCCAACUGGCAUUUUUUCGAAUGGAUGAAACUUUGGUAAUAUAUAUCUCUUAUAUUUUAAAUAGAUUCCUCAAAAAUGAUUUGAUGAUAACCAGGUUUAGGUUAUUUUGAAUUUUUAAAAUUUAAUUAUACUUUUUCUCAUUGUAGAUUAUAAAAUUAAAGAAAUAAAUAAUUUUUACAGAUGACUGCUUAUUACAGAACAUUUGAGGAAUUUUUCAAAGAAAACCUCCCUAACCUCUAUGCUCAUUUCAAAAUUCAUAGUGUCACGCCUAAUCUGUAUCUCAUGGAAUGGUAUGUUCUUAUUUUAUUUUUUUUAUGUUUAAAAAUAGUUUAGAAAUGAAAUAUUUAUGCACAUAAUCAGCUUGAAUGCAUUUCAAAUUAUAUGCCUCAUCUAGCUUGGUAAAUUUUAUUAUUGUAUUUCUAUAGUAUAUAAAAAAAUGAUUAGUGUUUUGUUGUUUUUUUAAAUAUAAAUUUGAAUAAAUUCAUGAUUCAUUUUUUGUCUGCAGGGUUUUUUUGCUAUACGGCAAAUCUCUUCCAUUAGAUGUUGCUUGCAGAGUUUGGGACAUCUUCUUCAGAGAUGGUGAAGAGUUUCUCUUUAAAACCGCUAUCGGUAAGCUAAGGAAAUGAAAAUAUUUAGGAAUUGCCUUUGCAUCAAUUUUGUACUUAUUACAAUUAUGGGGGUGGGGAACACGCACAUUCCUCCCAGUACUUUUUUAAACUAUGUUUGUAUGAAUGUAAAAGAUAAUACAAUUGUAUUUUUAAAGACUAUCAUCUUUUUGUGCUUGCAAAUUGUAAGUCUAAAAAGACUUAUCAAAGGAUAUUAGUAACCACAACUUGUCUGCAUCUUAUACCUUCAAUUACGCAUGAUGGUAAAUUUCACUUCCUAAUAUAGAGAGUAUUAGGAAAAUCCAUUUUUGCAAGCUAAAUCAUUUACCAGCAUGCUUCCAAUAUGUCCAAAAAAUAAUAAUAAUACUUUAUUAACACUUUGGACCUGUUUUUUCAUGAAACAAAUAUUCAAAUAUACUUAUAGCUGAAAAUAACUGAGCAAAAAUUGAUGGAUAUAACUAUGUUUAUAAGCAUUAGGAGCAUAUAUAAUUUUAAAAUCUUUAAUGGGGACAAUAUCCAAACCUUCAUUUUACAAUAUUUGUAUAUAUUUUCUUUGAAAAAUAAGUUUGAAAAGAUUUUUUAAAAGAGGUUAAAACAGCUUGAACAGUUGGACAUUUCAAAUUUGUGUAUAAGUAUUUGCAAGUUAUGACUUUCCCUUGUAGGUUGACAGGAGUAAAAUUAUUUAAUUUUUAAAUGAUAAUAAGGUCAUUUAAAUGGGUCUUGUAUUUCUUCAGCUAUUCUCAACAUCUAUGAAAGUAUUUUGCUCAAGAUGGACUUCAUUCAUGUGGCUCAGUUCCUAACCAAAUUACCAGAGGACAUUAGUGGUGACCAGCUGUUUAAGGAGGUGGAAAAUGUGAGGAUGCAAAUAGACAAGAGGGGCUUUCAGGCUGUGCAUGCUUUUUUCAAAGAUCUACAUGACACUGUUUCUUAG